UAUCUUCUCCAACUUAGCAACAUUUAGAGUUGCAAUCUUAUCCCCCUCAAAAAACAAAAAAUGGAUUCUCUUCUACAAGCCUUACAACCUUUGCCUAUGACACUUUUAUUCACCAUUCCUUUACUAUUCUUAUUGGGUCUAGUAUUUCGAACUCGUCGAAGGUUGCCAUAUCCACCAGGACCUAAAGGGUUACCGAUUAUCGGUAACAUGUCUUUGAUGGAUCAAUUAACUCAUCGAGGACUGGCCAAAUUGGCUAAGCAAUUUGGUGGUAUUUUUCACCUCCGUAUUGGGUACUUACACAUGGUAGCUGUGUCGAGCCCUGAUGUGGCUCGACAGGUCCUUCAAGUUCAAGACAACAUCUUUUCAAAUCGACCAGCCACCAUAGCCAUCAGCUACCUUACUUAUGAUCGAGCUGACAUGGCUUUUGCUCACUACGGACCCUUCUGGCGCCAGAUGCGUAAGCUUUGUGUCAUGAAACUGUUCAGUCGCAAAAGGGCUGAGUCAUGGGAGUCUGUUCGAGACGAGGUGGACUCGACCGUGAGAGACGUGGUGGCCAACACUGGCAAAGCUGUGAACGUAGGCGAGCUUGUGUUUUCACUGACGAGGAAUAUCAUAUACAGGGCCGCGUUUGGGUCGCUGUCACACGAUGGACAAGACGAGUUCAUUACGAUAUUGCAAGAGUUCUCCAAGUUGUUUGGAGCUUUCAAUAUUGCUGAUUUUAUUCCUUGGCUUGGCUGGGCUGAUCCCCAAGGACUCAACAACAGGCUCGAGAAGGCUCGUCAGUCACUCGACGGGUUCAUCGACCACAUCAUCGACGAUCACAUAAACAAGAAGAAGAAACAUGGCGUCGUUGAAGGUGACACUGAUAUGGUGGAUGAAUUACUAGCUUUUUACAGCGAGGAAGCUAAAGUUAAUGAGUCCGAUGACUCCAUUAAACUCACUAGAGAUAACAUCAAAGCCAUCAUCAUGGACGUGAUGUUUGGUGGGACAGAGACGGUGGCGUCGGCAAUUGAGUGGGCCAUGGCGGAGCUGAUGAAAAGCCCAGAGGAUCUAAAGAAGGUCCAAGAAGAACUAGCAGACGUGGUGGGUUUGGAUAGAAGAGUGGAAGAGAGUGACUUCGACAAGCUGAAGUACCUUAAAUGUUGUCUCAAAGAAACACUGCGUCUCCACCCACCAAUUCCACUGCUCCUCCACGAGACCGCCGAGGAUGCUGAGGUGGCAGGUUACUACAUUCCAGCAAAGUCACGCGUGAUGAUCAACGCGUGGGCUAUUGGCAGAGACAGUAACUCAUGGGAAGACGCUGAAACUUUCAAGCCCUCAAGGUUUUUACAAGAAGGUGUGCCUGAUUACAAAGGGAGCAACUUCGAGUUUAUUCCAUUCGGGUCGGGUCGGAGGUCAUGCCCCGGUAUGCAACUCGGACUCUACGCGCUUGACUUGUGUGUGGCUCACCUUCUUCACUGCUUCACGUGGGAAUUGCCUGAUGGGAUGAAACCGAGUGAGAUGGACAUGAAUGACGUGUUUGGACUCACUGCACCUAGAGCGAUUCGACUCGUCGCGGUACCCACUAAACGCGUGGUGUGUCCGCUUUGAGAAAAAAACAACAACCGAGUGCAUGCCGGUCUGAAGUCUUUGGAGAUUAUAUUCAUAAUAAUAGGGAAAAUUUAAAGAACGGUCACAGCUGAAUUGCAUGGUUUUUAUUUCUUUUCCAAAUCUUUCUUUGUUUUUAUCAUAUUUGGGAAGAACCAAGAAAAAAUAACUGAGAAGAGAUGAAAUUGAGAGGCCUUCAAUUCGUCUACUCUGUAGAUAAGACUCUCUUUUUCAUUUGGUUCAUGUGGAAAUUUGUAUUGUAUUUUUAUCUUUCUUGUCUUUUUGUCUUUCUUUUACCGUAUAUUUUUCUUUAACACUCAAAUAAAGAUAAUCAAAAGAAACUUUUAUGUGCA